AGAUUGGAGCACACCGCUGAAUGGGCGGGGUUUCAAUGAACGGCUCUCGGAUCAGAUUGGAGCGCACAGCUGAGUGGGCGAGGUCUAAGGAAACGGCUCAGAGCGCACCGAUACCUGUUUGCUUCCAAAUUCAAACUCUUGGCCAAUGAACGCGAAGCGUCCUGUCCAAUAGCGUGCUGACUCCGGGGUCACGUGGCGUGUGUUUGUGGCGGUGCGGGAGUGUGCGGGGUUUGCGGGGACUCAGAGCGAGCUGUACCGGGAUGGCGCUGUCUCAGACCCUGGAGGACUCCCCGCUGUGGAGGAGCGGCGGGCCGCGGCCGGAGCGCGGGCUGCCCGCGGGGUACAGUGAGCAGCACCGCCUGGCGCUGGAGGUUCUGGUGUCCGGCGGCGCGGAGGCUUUUCGGGACUUUCUCCGGAGGGAGCGGCUGCCCUGCUUCCUCUCCGCCGCGGAGCUGCGCGGGAUCCUGGGCUCCGCGGCUCCGCCCGCCUUCAGCUCCUCCUCGGAGGACUCGGGCUGUGAGCAGAGCGCCGCGGGGGACGGGUCCUCCCUCACCUACUUCCCCGAGGUCUCAGACCUGGAGCCCCCGCUGCUGGAGCUCGGCUGGCCCGCCUUCACCGCCGGCUCGUUCCGCGGAGUGACCCGGGCUGUGGCUCACUUCCAGCCCGCUUACGGAGACUCCAUCUACUGCUGUAAGGAGGCGGCGCGGAGGAUGAUCCGCAGCGCUAAAGAGGUGAUCGCCAUCGUAACGGACUCUUUGACGGACCUUGAUAUUUUCCGGGAUCUGCAGGAGGUGUCCUCCCGCCGCGUCCCCGUUUACAUUGUGCUGGAUCAGUCUUCUCUCCCAGAAUUCCUUGAGAUGUGCAAAACACUUAAUGUGCGCCUGGAUGAGCUACAGUAUAUGAGAGUUCGUACCAUCACCGGCUCAGUUUACUACCUGAGGUCAGGAGCUCGGAUCACUGGGAAAGUUCAUGAGCGCUUCAUGCUGAUUGAUGGGAACAGAGUGGCUACAGGCUCCUACAGAUUCAACUGGACUGAUGGGAAACUUAACAGCAGUAAUCUGAUCGAGCUUUCUGGUCAGAUUACAGAGAGUUUUGAUGAAGAAUUCAGAAUCCUAUACGCUCAGUCCCUCCCGGUCAGCCCUGCUGUUUCCUAUAGUAUCAGGAGCAGCGCCGUCUACGACCAUCUGCUGCCCAAAACCCCAAAACUCCAGAGCAGCAGAGCUCUGCUCUUACAGUCUGCACGUCUGACCAGCACCCCCAACAAGCCUCACCCUCCGCAGAAUGAACAGAUCAGAGAGAGAGAGGUAGAAGAAAGAAAAAGCUCUGCGGUGUCCGACACUUCCACUCUGGGGGAGGACUGGAUGGAGAAGGAGCUCCAGCAGAACAUCAUCACUGGAGAACUUCCAUGUUUGGAGAGCGAUACCAAAAAGAGCCCUAGUCUUCAUUCUGUUGGAGUCAUGACUUCUGCUUCUGCUGCACCAGUCCGACACAUUUCCACACAAACCAGCCCGGUAAAGAACAGCGUGGUCCAGACAGAAACACACUCCAUCUCCACACCCCACUCACACUCCUCCAGCCCCAGUUCCUCCUCCUCCACCACGAGCUCGUCCCAGUCUGUGGAUGAUCCGGCUCCCCAGACGCUGGAGAUCUCCUCUCUAACUCGCCGCAGUAACCUGAGAGAAUGCUUCUGCAGACUGGCCAAAGAGCGGCAGACCCACUACACCACCAUCCGCUCCAAACUGGACCACAUGAUGCUCCUGCUGACCCACAGGUGCGAACAGGCCGACGUCGGUCUGUCCAUCGGGGCGGGUCUGCAGAGAGCUCACAGAGACGCCACCCAGGCAGCCAGGGAGGCGGUGUAUAUGGGGACGUGGCCCAGAGCACGGGGUCUACAGUAAACCACAGCAGCACCAGUAGAAGGAAGGGCUGGGAAGUAGGGGUGGGCGAUAUGGCCCUUAAAUAAUAUUGUGAUAUUUCAUGGUAUUUUCACAAUUAUGAUACUCUCAGCAAUAUGAAAAAAACACUGAAUUAAAUAUAUAAUUUUCAAAAAUACACUACUGGGAAAAAAAUGAAAAUUACAUUUUUUUUUAUUGCAUAUAUGAUAUGACAUUAUAUGGCACACCCCUAACUGAGAUAUUUAAAAAAUACAAGAAUUUUAUCAGAUUUGUAACAGAAGUCUAAAAGAUCCAGAAUUAUUAGUCAUGAUACUAAUAAUAAUAAAGCACGCUAAAUAUCUCCAUAUAUCCAGGAUUAAAGUAAAAUAAAUGAUACUGGACAGAUAUAAUCUGUCUCUAAUAGAUAUAUAUAAUGAGAACAGUGUGAAUUUUUCUUUUGAUAAAAACAUUAAACAAAAUGGUACCAUGAUGUGAUAAUUAGGGAUGGGUGGCACCAUUUUAGGUAAAGGUAAAUGUACAAUGCGUACAAUUCGAUAUGGCACACCCCUACUAGGUAUUGUUUUAAAAUUUCUAAUACCGGUACGAUACUAAGAAUUUAAUACUGAUAUCCAAACAAUAUUUUUUUUGUUACCUUUCUUCUAGAUUGUGACUAAAAAAUACAAAAAGUGAUCAUUAUUCUCAUACUGUCACCAUUAAAAGCUCCAUCUUUAUGGAUCUUUGAAUUUUUAAAAGUAGAGUCAGACUUUAGAGUACUUUGACAUGUUUACCUCUCAGUUGAUCAUUUGGUACUUGGUAGUACCGAGACAUUUCUCUCUGUACCUUUUUGGUAUCAAAUUUCAAUGUCCAGCCCUGUCAAAGACAAUAAGGACUCAGUAAACUCUCUGUAGUAUCACCAAAUAAUCAUGUUUGUUACAGAUUUAUGUAUCACAUCAUUUUUUUCUGUCAUAAUAAUCUGUAUUGUGGGUUUGUGGCUUUGUAAUGUCUGUUUGGAACACUGUGGUGAUCAGGAGGGUAAUUGUGUUUACUGCUGUAACUACUGUGUUGAUGGGUUGUAGUUUUUUGAAAAAGUGAGUGAUGUUUCCAGCCGAGGUCAAUAGAACAGUUGAGGAGUAAAACAAAAGCGUUGAAAAGAAACCAGCACAGAAAAUGUAGGAAACACGAUUGACACUAAAUGGAAUCUGUUACCUAACAGUAAAUAAUUACUGAUUAUGGGCUAUUAAGGGUCCAGUAUGAUCAGUGGAGCUGAUAUAGUGGGUUUAGAAACAUAGCUUAUCUGUUAUCAGCUAAUAUGUCAAGUUAUUGUCAACACGUGUGUUUCAACAAGUGUGGGAAACAAAUUUACAUACUGUAAUAUGUGUGGUGGGAAUAUUAACAAAAUUAAACUUAAUAAUUUUUUUAAGAAUAAUAUGCAAGAGAAAUGAAUAGCAAUUUAAUUUAAUAGCCACAUGUAUUACUACUAAGUGCCUUAAAGGGAACUAAACUCCCGGAUUUUAGCUGACUGCACCUUCAGCUCAGAUUUGACAAAUGCUGUAAAAUGGGAAGGGCACUGGGUGAUGUAUGGGUUUAGGGGCAGGGCAGGGAGGAGGGCUAAGGGGGCAGGGCUGCUGUGGGUUAUAGCUAAUGGUUUUCUGAUCAGACCAGGCUUACCUGGAUGUGAAGGGUCAGAAUUGUCGGGGAUUUAAUAUAAUAUGUUCUGAUUUUAAGGAAAUAAAGUAAUUUCUUUUAAACUC